AUGGCACCGCAGGCAACGACGUCGAGCGACUAUAAGCCCGAGGCCGAUGGCUCCAAGUUCCACCACCUCUCUUCGACGCUGCCCUUUGGCCAGCCCGUCCCGCUCGCCUCCAUCGCCGGUCCUGCGUACGUGACGGCCCAGCUCCUCGUUCAGCAGAUUGCCUACAAGCUCUCGGACAAAAUCUACUCGUACUCCCCCGAGACUUUUGAUCUCGACAUUGCCGCCAGCCAAUGGGCCGCUGAAGGUGAAAAAAACGUGCACGGAUACGUGCCCUCGGUGCUUCCGCUGCAGGCCCGAACGGGUGCCGGCGCGCUCGCCCUAGGCUACAUUUUCUCCCCCGACUUUGACGUCUCCAAGAGGCAUAUCCCCCAGACCCUGCUAGCUCCCUCGGGCUGCCUGCAGCAGCUGCGUGGAACCCUGGACCAGCUCUCUCUGCUCUACGCACUCUCGAGCCCCUUCGUCGCCCACGUUGCUGCCGUUGACUAUUCUGCCAAGGACGGCCUGGUGACCAACUACGAUGCUGCCCUGCGAGUGGCAGACGACCUUGGCCUUGGACUCGUCACCAGCUUGUCGGCCUACGAGGCCCAGCACAUGUCUCUCUUCUCCACCCUCCUCGCCACCGUCGUCCCGACCCUGCAUCUGUACGACGGCCUUCGCGUCGGCAGGGAGACGUUGCGCGUUGUCGACGCCCUGAGCGAGUCUGCCGUCGCCGACUUGUACGCCACCCUGUCUGCCGAGGCCGGCAAGCUGAACAGGCGCCUGGACCCGGCCGGCAAGCUCAUGCAGCUUCUCAGCCUCUUCAACGAUGAGCUCGGUACAGUCUACGAACCCUUCGAGUACCACGGCCACGAGAGCCCCGACGUCGUCUUGGUCGCCUUCGGCAGUGUCGAGACCCAAGUGGCCAAGCAGACGGUGAACAAGAUCGCCGCCAGUGGCGCCCGGGUUGGCGUCGUCAACGUCCGAGUCUAUCGUCCCUUUGUCGAUGAGGCCUUCCUCGACGCCCUUCCCGCCUCCACUCGUACCAUUGCCGUCCUGGGCCAGGUCCAUGCCGAAGUCGCCAACGAUGACGAGGCCGCCCGGUCCGCCUUGUACGGGGACGUUUUGUCUGCCGUCACCUUCUCCCGCCGCUUCGAGCAUGAACCUCAUGUUCUCGACAUAAAGUACUCGCCCGACCAGAACUUGAACCCGCAAGGCUUGGUCGACACUCUUCACAGAAUCUUUCGCAACGAUGGCGAGCCGAGGACGCUGCCGUCGCUCGUCGACGCCCUGCAGUAUACUUUCUGGGACGUCGACGAUGCAGCCACUGUCGGCUCCCCUGCCACCAUCGGCCGUGUUCUGUCCAAGGAUUCUAGCGCCAACGUCUAUGUGCACACCACCUUUGACAAUCUCACUCUAGGCGGUGUUGUGCGAACCGACGUGCGAGCGUCCAGGAUGUCGCUCGAGGCCCCGUACGAUGUUGUCGAGGCCAACGUCGCGGUCAUUGGCGAUGAGAAGCUUCUCACCGAGGUCGAUGCUUUGAACAGCGUCGUUGAUGGCGGUAAGGUGAUCCUGAAGUUGCCAAACUUCAAGCCCGCCGAUGCGGACGCGAGGCUUCCCGCGGCAUUCCGAAAGAGCCUUCGGAAGAAGGACAUCGCCUUGUUUGCCUUGGACCCUGGUCUCUCGCCAGCCUUUGACAAGGACCCCCGGUCAACGAAGCUUCUGCUGGAGUUGUCCUUUCUCCACCUUGCUCGCCCGCAGCUGACGGUCGAGGACUUUGGCAAGCUCUUCCUCGUCGAAGGUGACCUACCUCCUCUGGACGAGUGUGUCGGUGCCGUCGGCCAGUGCCUGAGCAAGCUCGAGGUGCCCGCAGAGUGGGCUGAAGCUGCACUCGAUCACGAUGUGCCCCAGCUGCCCACGUCACUACAGCCGAACAGCUUCGUCGCCUUCCAAAAGGAAGAGGGCGAGGUGGCCUCGGACAAGCGAGAUUCGCACGCGGCCGCCAAGGGCGUCGUAUUCAAGGAGGCGUACGGGAUGCGAACCGGCCUGCGUCCCGACCUCACGGUGAAGACGGCGACGAUCCGCGUCAAGGAGAACCGUCGGCUGACGCCUGAGGAUUACGACCGCCACAUCUUCCACAUAGAGUUUGACCUCGGCGAUUCCGGCCUCACGUACAAGAUCGGCGAGGCCCUAGGAAUUCAUGCCGACAACGACGAGGAUCAGAUCGACGACUUUGUCAAGUCGUACGGGCUUAACGCCGACGACCUCAUCCAGGUACCCGCGCGCGACGACGUCAACGCCGUCGAGGUGCGAACCGUUUACCAGGCCCUGGUCCAAAACGUCGACAUACUUGGCAAGCCGCCAAAGAAGUUUUACGAAGCCUUGGCCGAGCACGCCACCGACCCGACGGAGAGGAAGAAGCUCGUGGCCCUAGGCAGCGCCGUGGGUGCCGCGGAUCUGAAAAGGCUCACCGAGGUCGACAUGGCAACCUACGUCGACGUCUUGGACGAGUUCCCAUCCGCGAGACCCGACAUCCACGAGCUCAUCAAGAUUGUGAGCCCCCUCAAGCGGCGCGAGUACUCGAUCGCGUCGGCGCAGGCCGUCACGCCCACAUCGGUGGCCCUCAUGAUUGUCGUCGUCAACUGGGUCGACUCCAAGGGGCGCGCCCGCUACGGUCAGGCAACACGCUACCUGUCUCGGCUGCAGCCAGGGGCUGCCGUCACCGUCUCCGUCAAGCCGUCGGUCAUGAAGCUUCCGGCGAGGGACACGGCGCCGCUCAUCAUGGCCGGCCUCGGCACGGGGCUCGCGCCGUUCCGCGCUUUCGUGCAGUACCGCGCCAUGCAGAAGGCUCAGGGCAAGGAGAUUGGAUCCAUUCUUCUGUACCUUGGCUCACGGCACCAGCGUGAGGAGUACCUCUACGGUGAGGAGUGGGAGGCCUAUCUCGCCGCCGGCGUCGUGACGCUCGUCGGCAGCGCCUUCUCGCGCGACCAGCCGCAGAAGAUUUACAUACAGGAUCGGAUGCGUCAAACCCUCGACGAAAUUGUCAAGGCCUACGUCGAAGAGGAAGGCAGCUUCUACCUGUGCGGUCCGACCUGGCCCGUGCCGGACGUGACCGAGGUGUUGCGCGAGGCCAUCGCCGAGGAAGCCAAGGCCAAUGGCCGGAAAGUCGACUCCAAGAAAGCAAUUGAGAAGCUCAAAGACGAGGGUCGUUACGUUUUGGAAGUCUACUAG